AUGAAUCUCAAAGCCAAAAUUGGAGCUGAUCUCAGUUUUACUCGGAAUGAACUACGCGAAACUGAUGAAUUCCUUUCUACUAUAACUUCAAUCUUCAUCUCAGCUAAAUAUUUUGGUUUGCCUUCCUAUGGCGGUGUAUUAGCUCAUUGCUAUGGUAUCACUUUAUUUUUACUCUUGGCUGCUUUAGAAGCUGGUGCGGUUUGGAAAAUUAUAUUGGUUUUAGGAGUGGCAGCUACUGAUGGACGAGGUUUAGUUGCCCGUUUAUCGGGAUGUGUUUUCUAUGGUAACGCCUUACUUUCUCUCAUAUUAACUUGGAGGUUCAUUUCUUCAUGGAAAUGUAUCUCAGUUUUAUGGACAUUAGCUGAAACAACUGGUGGCCUGUAUUUUCCUCCAGAUCUUAAGAUCAAAAGAAGGGUUAUAAUUGUAACUUGCAAUUUUAUUAUUUGUGCUAUAGUGGAACACGUAAUGAGUAUGAUAUCCGCGACUGGUCUCGAUAUACCUCCAGAAGAAUAUUUUGACCGUUACAUAUUAAGUUCUCACGGAUUUCUGUUGAAGCCAGAAGAAUACAAUAUAUGGCUAGGCAUAGUUAUCUUCGUACUAAGCAAGCUAGCGACUAUUUUAUGGAAUUUCCAAGAUCUGAUAAUAAUUCUUAUAAGUAUGGGAUUGACUUCAAGAUACCGUAGGUUAAAUAAAUUUGUAGAUGAUUUUGUGAGAUUAGAAAAGCGGCAUAAAGAGAAGGCAAAGCUUGGUACAGAGCUCUACGCGCAAGUCCUGACAUGGCGUCGUCUCAGAGAAGCUUAUGUCCGGCAGGCGACUCUCGUGCGUAAGGUUGACCAGAAGCUAGGCAAACUGAUCUUGUUGUGCAAUUUGAAUAACUUCUACUUCAUCUGCUUGCAGCUUUUUCUAGGUCUUAACCAAAACUCAAACAUGGGUGUGAUCAACAAAUCGUACUACUUCUACUCUCUGGGAUGGCUUCUCUUCAGAGCCUGCAGUGUGGUGCUCGUCGCUGCGGAUGUUAACUUACAUUCCAAAAAAGCACUAUCCUGCUUGUAUUGCUGUCCUGGGUCAGCUUACAAUGUUGAGAUUAAGAGAUUAGAAAACCAACUAACUUACGAUUUUGUGGCAUUAAGUGGUAUGCGAUUCUUCUUUCUUGAUCGACAGCUAUUUUUAGAGGUAGCAGCUGCCAUAGUGAAAUAUGAAUUGGUUAUGAUACAAUAUGAUAACCAAUAA